AUCAAGAAGGCACGAUAGGUGAAUUGCUACGGUUACCAUGAGGUCCAGGAGCUCUUAUCUUCACACUUGGAGUCGUCGAGCAGUACAUAAUCAGGACGUUAUUAAUACCAUCACAUGAAGUCCAGAUCCUUCGGUAAUCCACCAACAUUUUGAAGGCCUUUUCUUGCCAGGUUCAGUUGCGGAUUGCUUACCUAGCAUACCACCUCGGAUCUGUGCCUCGAUAUACAACUUUUCAGCCUCCGGAACCACUUCCGACCUGCAAGCAUGGGUAACCCCACCGGCGAGGCUGUCCAGAACAUCGGCAAAAAGCAAGAUGAAGACUUGAACCAACAGUCCAGGGUAGCCACCGACAUUGAGCAUUCUCUCGGGGUCAUCGAAGCAGUCAAGCUAUACCCCAUGGCAGUGCUCUGGGCCUCGCUCUUCGCCUGGUCCCUGGUCAUGGUGGGCUACGAUUCCGGUAUCAUCUACAGCUUCUACGCUCUGCCCGCUUUUGUCAAGAAGUACGGUACUUAUUACGGUCCUGAAAUUGGCUAUGAAGUCUCAGCAAAAUGGCAGAACGUUCUGGGUAUGGGGACCCCAGUCGGCCAAUUCCUCGGUGCAGUCACCGCCUCCUGGCCCAUGGAACGAUGGGGCCGAAAGAAAGUCUUCGCGGUUUCUCUGUUCUUCACCACAGCCUGGAUCUUUCUCCAAAUGUUCGCCAACGACAUCCACACCCUAGCCGCUGGCGAGUUCCUUGCCGGUAUAGUCUACGGCACAUACGUCGUUCUUGCACCUACGUAUGCAUCCGAGGUCUGUCCACUGGCACUCAGAGGUAUUCUGAACGCGGGAAUGAACCUUGCUUAUGUGAUUGGUCAAUUCGUGGCAUCCGGAGUUGGCAAGGGUGUUGCACUCAGGACGGACCAAUGGGCAUACCGUAUACCAUUCGCUGUGCAGUGGACUUGGAUUCCCAUCCUGGCUAUCGGACUGUACUUCGCCCCCGAGUCGCCUUGGUGGCUGGUUCGCAAGGGUCGCAAUGAAGAGGCUGAGGCUGUUCUACGACGCCUAGCGAAAGAGUCUCCGAAGGUCGACAUCAAAGCGACGCUGGCCAACAUCCAAGCUACGACGCUGCACGAGAUGGAAGUGGAGAAGGACACCACCUACAUCGAAUGUUUCCGAGGAUCGAAUCGCGCGCGCACCGAGGUCGCCAUUAUGGUGCAGAUCUGGCAGGUCAUUACCGGCAUCUCGCUGAUCGGAUACGCUGUCUACUUCUUCGAGCUGGCUGGACUGCCUGUCAGUGCUUCAUUCUCCAUGGGCAUUGGCAAUACCGCUAUUGGGUUCGUGGCAACUUGCUGCUCCUGGGUGUUCAUGUCGUUCUUUGGUCGCCGCACUAUCUUCAUGUACGGUGUUGGUGGGAUGGCCGUGGCGCUCUUCAUCAUCGGCGGUCUGGACUGUGCUCCGAACUAUAGCAACCGACCUGGCUUUGCUUGGGCACAAGCGGCACUCCUGGACAUCCUCACUUUUGUGUUCCAAGGCACCGUCGGCCCGGUCAAUUUUGUCAUCUUCGCCGAGAUUGGUGCGACUCGUCUUCGCUCGCAGACUGUCGCUUUGGCUACGAGCAGCGGGUCCAUCUUCCAGAUCGUCAUGACCAUUGCCAUUCCGUAUAUGCUGAAUGCGUCAGCAGCGAAUUGGAGGGGCAAGACGGGGUUCUUCUUCGGUGGUAUCAGUGCCAUUGCUGUGGUCUGGUGCUAUUUCCGCCUGCCUGAGACAAAGGGCCGUACCUUUGAGGAGCUUGACUACAUGUUUGAAGCGAGGGUGCCGGCUAGGAAGUUCAAGGACUACAAGAUCAUGCAUGCUGAGGAGGCGAAUGAAGUGUGAGAAAUGGUUGCUUUAAAGGAGCACACGUGUGCACAGAGUAUCUGGAUGGUCGCUGAGGAGAGCGUGUCUUGGUAUCGAGUGUUUGAUGAUGCUGCCGUGAUGUUUCACCGAUGU